UAUUUCUACAAGUAAGACAUUCACAAUGGGGAUCCAUCAUUGUCUAAGCCAAGCACAAGAAAGCACAAGAACUAACAUUAUAAAAAAUCUCAGUAGGAAUUAUAUGAGUCGACGAUAUAUCUAGUUACUGCAAAUGCCUCGGCGGUAGAGCAAAUCAUGAUUGCCUCUUCAUUCCUUCCCUCCCGCUUUCGCGGCGAGCAGCCUACCGAUACACCUAUCCCUCCCUCCAAGACGAAUCAAAAAGUCACCCCUAUUCUUCAAUUCGUCUCCAAGAUAGCUUGUCUACACCCCAUCCAUACUAUCGUUGUUGUUGCCUUAAUAGCUAGCACCACUUAUGUCGGUAUCGUAAAGGAGAGCUUGUUAGAUGUGACCAGAAGUACCAGGAAUGCCGAUUGGUCUUCCCUAGUAGAGGGGAGCAGGAGCUUGCGAACCGGCCCCGAAACAUCGUGGAAAUGGCAGAGCUUUGACUCGGGUUCCCCGAUCCCUAACAACUCCCAACACCUCGCGCUGGUCACCUUGGUCUUCCCCGGUUCUUCUCCCGAUGCGCCUCAGACUGCCCCGCAACCUCACAUCGUCCCUCUGCCGCAGAAUCUUAGUAUCUCGCAUCUACCUUCGACUUCGAACACUCUCGCAGCUUAUUCCCAGGACAGCUCUCUAGCCUUCGCCGUCGAGUACAGCGAGGCGCCCGCGUUCCUCGCUGUGGCGCAAGAAAUUCCGAAUGAUGUACCUGGACAGGAAUCACGCGAGACUGAGCUCGGCAACGAAGAGCAGAAGAUGUGGAUUAUGAAGGUUGCCAAGGGUUAUACCAGAAGCAGUGUCAUUCGAUGGCUUCAUAACGCCUGGACUGAGUUCAUUGACUUGAUCAAGAAUGCUGAGACGCUCGAUAUCAUCAUUAUGGUGCUUGGAUAUCUGUCUAUGCACCUGACCUUUGUCUCCUUGUUCUUGUCCAUGAGGAAGAUGGGCUCGAACGUCUGGCUGGCCAUUAGCGUCCUAUUUUCAUCUACCUUUGCUUUCCUGUUUGGCUUGAACGUUACCACCAAGCUUGGUGUCCCCAUUGGCAUGGUUUUGCUCUCCGAGGGUCUUCCGUUUUUGGUUGUGACAAUCGGCUUUGAGAAAAAUAUUGCCCUCACUCGUGCCGUCUUGUCCCACGCUUUAGAGCACCGCCGACCCGAUGAAAAGAGAGAAAACAAAAAGUCGCCUGUCUCUUCCGAGGGUAUCAUACACUACGCUGUCCAACGCGCCAUCAAGGACAGGGGCUAUGAGAUUGUCCGCGACUACGUCAUUGAGAUCCUGAUACUCGUUGCCGGGGCCGCGUCUGGCGUGCAGGGUGGCCUCCAGCAGUUCUGCUUCUUGGCCGCCUGGAUCCUCUUCUUCGACUGCAUCCUGCUUUUUACCUUCUACACUGCUAUUUUGUGCAUCAAACUCGAGGUCAACCGCAUCAGACGCCAUGUCGAGAUGCGGAGGGCGUUGGAAGACGAUGGUGUAAGCCACCGCGUUGCCGAGAACGUUGCUAAGAGCAACGACUGGCCUGCGCAAGACGGCAAGGAACCUAUUGACGAGCCCCUUUUUGGCAAGGACCUGAAGAGUAGCAGCGUUCCCAAAUUCAAGUUCUGGAUGAUUCUAGGCUUUGUUGCUGUUAACGUCAUCAAUAUUGCCACGAUUCCUUUCCGAACUUCUGAUAUCUCUAGCAUUUCUUCGUGGGCAGGGGGCUUGGGCGGGGUUGUUAGUUCGCCGCCUCUUGACCCUUUCAAGGUCGCUUCCAGCGGGCUCGACGAGAUUCUCUUCACUGCCAAGAGCCACUCUCAACCCACAAUCGUGACUGUCCUUACUCCGAUCAAGUACGAAUUAACGUUCCCUUCAAUCCAUUAUGCGGAACCUCCUUUAGGCUACGGCGACGGACAAAACGGCAUGGGUGAGAGUUACACCCAUCUGCGCGGUUAUGGUAUUGGAGGGCGUAUGGUCGGCAGCCUUCUCACCAGCUUGGAAGAUCCUAUUCUUUCUAAAUGGAUUGUCGUCGCCCUAGCCAUGAGUGUAGCGCUCAAUGGCUAUCUUUUCAAUGUGGCUAGAUGGGGUAUCCGGGAUCCGAAUCUACCUGACCACCCUAUCAACCCACAGGAACUUGCCGCUGCCGAGAAAUUCAACGAGACACAAUCUGCGACCCUACCUUUGGGCGAGAUGGAACCGAAACAGGUCCCGCAGACGAUACCCGAUCGGCCCGAAACCCCCGCGUAUACCGAUGACGAGAGCACAAUCCAGGCGCUUGUUUCCCAGCGACCGAAGUCACCCAAGGUACCGAGAGUCCCAGGAGAGCUGGAGAAGUUGCUGUCCGAGAAACGCUACCUUGAGAUGACGGAUGAGGAGGUGGUGACUCUGUCACUUCAAGGCAAAAUCCCUGGUUACUCUCUAGAAAAGAAUCUGAAAGACUGCACAAGAGCCGUCAAGGUUCGCCGAAGUGUUAUCGCGCGGACUCGAGCCACGGCCGACGUCACCGGCCUCUUGGAACGUUCUAAGCUCCCUUACGAGAACUAUAACUGGGCGCAAGUCCUAGGUGCAUGCUGCGAAAACGUUAUCGGUUACAUGCCCAUCCCUGUUGGUGUCGCUGGUCCCCUCGUCAUUGAUGGUCAAAGCUAUUUCAUCCCCAUGGCAACUACGGAAGGUGUUCUCGUCGCCAGCACAAGUCGCGGCUGCAAGGCCAUCAACGCUGGUGGCGGCGCCAUAACUGUCUUGACAAGUGACGGAAUGACUCGUGGACCUUGUGUGCAGUUCGAGACGCUUGAGCGUGCAGGAGCCGCGAAACUCUGGAUCGAUUCUGAGGCGGGCCAGUCUGUCAUGAAGAAGGCCUUUAACUCCACGUCCCGAUUUGCUCGACUACAAACGAUGAAGACGGCUCUUGCGGGAACCAACUUGUACAUUCGGUUCAAGACAACUACUGGUGAUGCUAUGGGUAUGAACAUGAUUUCCAAGGGCGUUGAGCACGCAUUAAAGAUCAUGGCUACCGAGGGUGGCUUCGAGGACAUGUCUAUCGUCUCCGUAUCUGGAAACUAUUGCAUUGACAAGAAGCCUGCUGCUAUCAACUGGAUCGACGGUCGUGGCAAAGGUGUAGUCGCCGAGGCUAUUAUCCCCGGCGACGUAGUCCAAGCCGUACUAAAGAGCGACGUUGAUAGCUUGGUGGAACUCAACAUAUCCAAGAAUUUGAUUGGUUCCGCCAUGGCUGCCUCAGUUGGAGGUUUCAAUGCCCACGCCGCCAAUAUUGUCGCCGCCCUCUUUAUCGCCACUGGACAGGACCCUGCACAGGUUGUGGAGAGCUGCAACUGUAUUACUAUUAUGAAGAACCUACGCGGAUCCCUCCAAAUCUCUGUAUCUAUGCCGUCUAUCGAGGUGGGAACCCUUGGUGGUGGUACCAUCCUAGAACCACAAGGCGCCAUGCUUGACAUGCUUGGAGUUCGCGGUUCUCAUCCGACAAGUCCUGGAGAAAAUUCCCGUCGCCUUGCUCGCAUUGUGGGUGCGGCAGUCCUCGCUGGUGAACUUUCUCUUUGCAGUGCUCUCGCCGCUGGUCACCUGGUCCAGGCGCAUAUGGCUCAUAACCGAUCUGCUCCUCCCACUCGGAGCACCACCCCAGCUCCCGGUGCUACUGCUAACGGGCUCUCCAUGACAACCAAGAGCUCCGCUGCUGUAGAUCGUGCAGCUGCAUCGAGACGAUGAAGAACUAUGACCCAUUUCUAUAUCAUAAAAUCAAAUCAAAAACAAAAACAAAUGAAAUGCAAUCGAGAGGGACCUCAGUUAUCGAAUGACACUCGAGAGUAACUACUAGGUUUAUGGGUGUCGAUCACGCUACGCGUUCGGUAGGUUUGCGUUGGGUCUUGCGUCGGAAUUCAUGUAGGGAGUGGCUAUGCAGGAGUUCUACGAAGUCACCUAGGAGUUGGUUCAUGAGGGCAGUCUCAUCUUAGCCGAAGCAGUAUCAAGGCUCGGCAGGUAGUAGAAAGCAUUUGCGAGCGAUUGCAAGCUCAAAGAGUCACGGGAUAAAGGGAAUACAACUCCUCGCUAUAGAUAUAUUUUAGAAAGCGGCGGGAGAAGAAGAUAUCACACGUUCAAGGUUAUUGUUGGGCCCAAAGAAAAGAUUUUCCGGCCAACUGCCAAUAUCGCUACCAUCAUCACCAUCACCAACAACCGUCACCUUGUAUAUCAUAAUACUACUUACUACCUAGAUACACAAAUUCUAUUUUUAACCGUGAACAGUGCAGCUUGGCGAG